AGCGGGGGGCGGUGAAAAGGAGGGAGGGGAUGAUUCGUUUUGGAUGAAGGCAGCUUGCGGUUGACUGCAAUUCAGCAUAUAACUCCGAAGGCCUUUCUCCCACUCUUCCCUCUCUCUCUCUCUCUCGCUAGGGUUUCGGCUGGACGGAGAAGCCAAGGAGCUGAACUCCGGCGGAAGUGGAGCAGUCUCCUGAGAAAGGAUGUUGUCAGCUUCGUCUUCCUCAGCUACGGUCCGAGUGGAGAAGGCGACGAGCGACCUUCUGAUCAACCCUGACUGGACUAUGAACAUCGACAUAUGCGAUUUCGUCAACACUUAUCCCGGGCAGGCUAGAGAUGUCUUAAAAGCAGUGAAGAAAAGGCUACAGCAUAAGAAUCCUAGAGUUCAAUUCCUUGCUCUGACGCUUUUGGAGGCCAUGGUGAAUAACUGUGGUGAUUAUAUCCAUUUUCAAAUUGUGGAGAGGAAUAUACUCGAGGAAAUGGUCAAAAUUGUAAAGAAAAAGAGAGAGAUGAGUGUGCAGGAUAAAACUCUGUCACUAUUAGAUAUUUGGCAGGAAGCUUUUGGCGGGCAAGGAGGAAAAUAUCCUCAAUAUUACUAUGCAUACGAUGAAUUAAGACGUUCUGGAGUAACAUUCCCAAGACGCUUAUCACCUGUGGCUCCUAUAUUUACGCCUCCUGUUGCUCAUCCUAUCGCACAUGCUCAAGGAGGUUAUGGAAUGCCAACCAAUUCGUCGAGAAGACUUGAUGAAGCUAUGGCAGCAGAUAAAGACAGACUGAGUGCAUCAACAUUGGAAUCCAUGCAGAAUAUUGUGGAGCUCUUAAGUGACAUGCUUCAGGCUAUGAAUCCCGGUGACGCAGCGGCUGUGAAGGAUGAUAUUGUAGUUGAUCUUAUUGACCGCUGUCGUGCAAACCAAAAGAAGCUAAUGCAAAUGCUUACCACAACCGAGGACGAGGAACUUCUUGGUCGAGGCCUCGAGUUGCUUGAUGUUAUGCAGAACUCUCUCGCAAAGCAUGAUGCUAUAGCCAAUGGCUCUGUGGUUCCAAGUCAGGCUACAGAUAUUGCCUCUGAAUCUACAGUGUCGAGUCAAUCUACGAGUUUGAGCCCUCCAGCAGCUGAAAAGAGGAGCCAACCGAGUGAAACCAAAAGAGACAUCAGCCCGAGAACUAAUGUUAGUCCCCAGUCCCCUGCUGCCACUUUCUCAAGGGGAUUCGUCGAUGAGGAGGAAGAGGACGAUGACUUUGCACAGCUAGCUCGAAGGCAUUCGAGAUCACCUGCUUCCCCAGGUACAUUCACUGGAAGCGUUAUGAGUCCCACAUCAACUGAAACAGCCGAUCAAAUUCGUAUUCCGACGCCAGAUGCCCCAACUACUGCCACCUCAAAGGCCUUGGUUUUGACAGAUCUGCCUCCACCUGUUAGGACUACAAAGGAGCAGGACAUGAUUGACCUUCUAAGUCUUGCCCUCACAACUACCUCCGUCUCUUCUCAGGAUCCUCCUAGUACUCCCCCUUCCAACCAAAGUGUGCACACUAUACCCAAUUCCUCAAACGGGCAGGCAAAUCCAUACAGUUCCCAGCCAAAUUUUGAUAUUCCCGGACAGGCUGCUUAUAGCAGUUACAUUGCCCCGUGGGCUCAGCAACAAAUGCAACCACGGGCGCUACCUUUGGAGCAGACACGCAUGCAACCUCAGUAUCCUCAGAACAAUUAUGGGUACCCUCCUCCACCAUGGGCAUCCAGUUUGAGCUCUUUGGAUAAUCAGCAGUCUCUGCCCAUGUCAGCUCGUCCAUUUGGAUUUGCUGGAGGGCAGGGGUCGUCUCAAACCUCAAUUGAAGGGGGGAGACCUUUUCCAAACAUCAACCCGCCUCUAGUAAAUAACAGGACAAGUGUUACUGCAGGUCCUGCGUCUGCCCCAUCUUCAACAGGUCAAAAACCCUACGUUCCUUCAUACAGGUUGUUUGAAGAUCUCAACGUGCUCGGUAAUGGAGACAAAGGAAAUAAGACGGGAAAUGGUACAUCAACCUCGAGCUUGUCAGGCAUUUCUGGGCAAAAUAGGGUUGGUGGGUGGAGGUGAAACAGGCAGAAAGUUACCUCUUCUGAUUGCGUAGGAAUGUGUACAAAAAUUGAAUCCCAAUUCUGUUAAAAGCUGGAGCUUCGGCAGAAGCAGAAGAUAGGGUUUGAAGGAUUGUUGACCAGAAUGCGUCUCCUGAUAGCCAGCCCAUGCUAUAAUGAAUUGAACUCCCCCAAGUGACAGCUGUAAAUGAUUUGCUCUGAUACGUUCGGAUGGUUUCGCUGCACAAAAUCCAGACAUUUACGAUUUGUGGAGCACUUGAUCCAUCGAUUUGUUGCAUUGGCGAUUGGCUUUUGUUGUCCACAAUGUUUCUUUUGUUGCCGACCAAAACUGCUCUUGGUAACUUUUUUCUUUAAUGGUCGGAAAAUUUGAGAAUGUUCUCUA